UACAGCUAAUCUGCUGUCCUUUUCAUCCAUUUUCGUCAUCCCGCGCCUUGAGAAUUACGACAUAUUUAAACAUACUUCAGUAUAUAUACAGUUCAGUAGUAGCGUUAAAUAUGCGUAACCUCUAAAUUUGUAAGAUUUUUUUAUAGUGACCAUUCGAGUAAUUCGAGUACCAUGAAGUUGAUCGAAACGAUGUGACUAAACGAGCAAGCUUUACUUCCAUUUUGCCUUCUUUGUCAAGUUUCGUUCUCCCUCUCUUUCUCUCUCUCUCUCUUUUUCUGCCUUUUUUUUGCUUGCCUUCCUCUCUACCUGUCCUUUCCUAUCACACGUCUUACUUCUCCGAUGAAAACGAGCCAGGAUCUAUACGCUAGCGUUUGGUGGCGUGCUGGCGACACAAUUGGAACGAUGCGGCGUAGUCGGCGUAGUCUCGUACGUGUUGCGUUCGCUCGUGGUUCAUUCGCGUGGUUUUGGAGCAACACGAGCAACGUGAUCGGUGGUUCGUCGAUGUGAUGACGUCAGAUCACGAAGCAUAGGCCGAGAACGCGAGUUUAAAGCCGAGUAGGGCGUGAAAUCGUACGUUCUUUCGUCGUCGGAUGGAAGUAUGUGCAAAUAACGACGCGCGCGUCCGUUUUAUCCAUAAAACAAUUAUGUUCGGUGCUGUUUUAACGUGAUUGUGACAGUGAAUAGUGUACCAUGUUCCGCUGCAUUCCAAUUUUUAAAGGGUGUAACAGGCAGGUGGAAUACGUUGACAAGCGUCAUUGCUCUCUGCCGUGCGUCCCUGAUGACAUCCUGCGAUACUCCAGGAGUUUGGAGGAGCUGCUACUAGACGCAAAUCAUAUCCGUGAUCUGCCAAAAAAUUUCUUCCGACUUCAGAGGCUACGAAAACUUGGUUUGAGCGACAAUGAAAUACACCGUUUGCCGCCGGAUAUUCAGAAUUUCGAAAAUCUCGUGGAGCUGGAUGUGUCCAGAAAUGAUAUACCGGACAUUCCUGAGAACAUCAAGAAUCUACAGGCAUUACAGGUGGCCGAUUUCAGUAGUAAUCCUAUUCCAAGGCUUCCAGCAGGAUUCGUACAGUUAAGGAAUUUAACUGUACUUGGACUUAACGAUAUGUCUCUUACAAACUUGCCACCUGAUUUUGGAAGUUUGGAAGCAUUGCAAUCAUUGGAAUUAAGGGAGAAUUUGCUCAAAUCCUUGCCUGAAUCGUUAUCCCAACUUCUCAAACUCGAGCGGUUGGAUCUUGGUGAUAAUGAGAUUGAGGAAUUACCUGCACACAUAGGAAGAUUACCAGCGCUACAGGAAUUGUGGCUUGACCAUAAUCAAUUGCAACACUUGCCACCUGAAAUUGGUGAACUCAAAACACUGGCAUGCUUGGACGUUUCGGAAAAUCGUUUAGAGGAUCUCCCUGACGAAAUUGGCGGUCUCCAAUCAUUAACGGAUUUGCAUCUGUCACAGAAUGUUAUCGAAAAAUUACCCGAUGGACUUGGCGAGUUGAAGAAGUUAACUAUUCUCAAAGUAGACCAAAAUAGACUUUCUACUCUAAAUUCAAAUAUAGGAAGAUGCGAGAAUUUGCAAGAGCUAAUUCUUACGGAGAAUUUUCUUUUAGAGUUACCAAUUUCUAUAGGCAAACUUUAUAAUUUAAAUAAUUUGAAUGUUGACAGAAACAGCUUGCAAUUUCUACCAAUAGAAAUUGGCAACUUGAAAAAAUUGGGUGUGUUGUCUUUAAGAGACAAUAAAUUGCAAUAUCUUCCAGCCGGUGGGCAGUGCAGUGCCCUUCACGUUCUUGACGUAUCUGGAAACAGAUUACACUUUCUACCAUAUUCCUUAAUUAACUUGAAUCUGAAAGCGGUAUGGUUGAGCGAAAACCAGGCGCAACCAAUGCUGACGUUCCAAACAGACAUUGACGAGGAAACAGGCCAAGAAGUAUUAACAUGUUUUCUUCUACCACAAUUGGAAUUCCAUUCUGAUGAUUCAGCUAGGCUGGGAAUGUUAGUUGGCAUGAGAAAUGUUCAAGGUUGUGAAAUGCGUGAGCUGACAAGUAGCGAUGAUGAAGGUUGGCAAGAAAGAGAAGCAUCAAGAACGCAUUCAGUGAAAUUUACCGAUGAGCCACCAGAAGCUGACAAAGAGACUCCAUUUAUACGUCAAAAUACACCACAUCCAAAAGAAUUAAAAGCUAAAGCGCAUAAAUUAUUUAGCAAGGGAAAAAGUGAAAGUCGAUCUGCCUCUACAGAUGAACAGGAUGUUUCUCAAACGUUUGGUUUAGAUAAACCUGAAUCGGAGACACCAGUCAAUCUUGUAGAUAUGUCCCAACCUGAUUCCGAACAAGAGAAAUAUAUAGAAAAUAGUACUGUACAAAAUGAUUUUAAAAUACCAGCAUCUGAUGUGGAAUCAAAUAGCACGGAUGUUCAACUGAACAAAGAGAUAAAUAAUGUCCCUGUUCAAUAUGUCGCAGAACUUCAAGCAAAUGCGAAAACUGAAAAUUCUGUUUCGGAAUCUAAAGAAAUAGAUGAAGAAGAAGAAAAUGAAGAAAAUGAAGAUAUGCAGAGACACGUUGAAUUUAAUAUCAUUGAAGAUAACGCAAGUAACGAGGAUGCUUAUGACGGAAAUAAGCCCAACAAACUUCAACGUAGAGAUACUCCACAUCAUUUGAAAAAUAAACGUAUUAAUACGGCAAUUGAUAAAGACAAAGCUGCUGCUAUUAUUGCACAGGCACUUUUAAAAAAAGCUGAGGAAACUUCUACUAUACCACCACAGGUGGAGUCCACGGACACGUUUGUCACGCACAGCCAAGAUGCAACAUCUGACAUUGAACCAACAUUGGAAAUACGGGAAGAACAAUAUGAAAUUCAUAUAGAAAGAACAACAGGUGGAUUAGGUCUGUCAAUAGCUGGUGGUAUCGGAUCAACGCCUUUUAAAGGCGAUGAUGAAGGUAUCUUCAUUUCCAAAGUUACUGAAGGUGGACCUGCAGAUUUAGCUGGUUUGAGAGUAGGAGAUAAAGUAAUAUCUGUAAAUGGAGUAUCGGUUGUAAAUGUAGAUCAUUAUGAUGCUGUCGAAGUAUUGAAAGCGUGUGGACGCGUCCUUGUAUUAGUUAUCGUAAGGGAAGUCACAAGAAUAAUUCCACCGUAUGAACAGACACCGAUGAGGAAAGAUUCCGUGUGCUCCAGCUUAAGCACAAGUAGAGCGCCAAGUGCGACAUCUUAUGUUUCAUCUACAGCAUUGUCACAUACCUUAGAAAAUGGUGAUACACCUGUGUCUCAUGAAACCGCAAAGACGAAAAAGAUUCCUGAGCCUAUAAUACCUCUGAAAGCAAGCAGUGAACCUAUGGUAUCUGUUCUCUUUCACACAACAUUAAUACGAGACCAAAAUGGGCUUGGAUUCAGUAUUGCCGGUGGAGAAGGUUCGCCGCCAUUCAAGGAUAACAACGAUGCAAUAUUUAUCUCGAGAAUAACAGAUGGCGGAGUAGCCCAGAAAGAUGGCAAAUUAUUAGUGGGAGACAAAGUAAUAUCUAUUAACGGAAUAGAUAUGAGAGGAGCAAAACACGAACAAGCGGUUACUUUACUCACCGGUUUGGAAAGAUUUGUUCGACUGGUAGUCGAGCGGGAAAUACCACUUUCUCAAGCAAACGCCACUGUUGUGACUCCUUCUGAAAAAUCGCCACGAGUUAUAGGCGCACCGAAACCUUACACAGGCCUGUACAACGCCAACAGCUAUAUGGCUAACAAACCUGCAUAUGGUGGAUAUCGUCGCUCCGUAGAGACCGAUAAAACGUUGUCGCCAAGUCCUACUUCAAAAACACCGCCACCAACAUUACUCGUGAAAUCCGAUGCUGUCAAUGAGACACCUAAAAUGAACGGUGUAACCGAAUCAGGGAAUACCCUGAAAAAUGUUUCGCCAAUAUCCCCCAGCCCGACAAGCAAUCAAGCGUAUCCGCAGCCAGCUCCGAGGCAUAGCGUUCCACAAGCGACCACUACAUCUACAAAUAACGCUGGCUCUACAGCUGCGACCUGUCACGUAGAACCUAGACCAACAUCUCCGCAGGAGGAUAUACAGGUACCGAAGCCAAUCACCAACGAGGAAUUUCAAGCUAUGAUCCCCGCUCAUUUCCUCCGACCUCCAACAUCCUCGCCUUCACCAGACUCCCAUCAGGGCCCCAUUGUGACAGUGACGAUAAAGCAGCCCGAUACUUUGCCUGGAGAUGUUAACUUUCCUCCAGCUCCCACUUCACUCGGUAAAGUUACUGAGACCAUCACAAAGAGCACGCUCACCGAGACCGUCGUAACUAGAGUGACCGACAAUCAGUUGGUGCAACCGCUUAUUAUCGAGGAUGUUGUUCUUGUAAAAGAAGGCUCUCUCGGCUUCAGUAUCAUAGGGGGAACUGAUCAUUCGUGUACGCCAUUCGGUGCAAAGGAACCGGGAAUUUUUAUAUCUCACGUUGUUCCUGGUGGCAUUGCAGCCAAGUCUGGUAAACUCAGAAUGGGUGAUAGAAUAUUGAAGGUAAAUGGUACGGAUGUGACAAAAGCUACGCAUCAAGAAGCUGUGAUGGAACUUUUAAAACCAGGAGAUCAGAUCGUACUUACCAUUCAACAUGAUCCUCUUCCGGAAUGUUAUCAGGAAUUAGUGAUAACAAAGGAUGCGGGUGAAAAACUUGGUAUGCACAUUAAAGGAGGGCGAAGAGGACAGAAAGGCAACCCUCUCGAUCAUACUGAUGAAGGUGUCUUUAUAUCAAAAAUUAAUUCAGGUGGUGCAGCUAAAAGAGACGGACGAUUAAAAGUUGGCAUGAGGCUGCUGGAAGUCAAUGGCACAUCGUUAUUAGGUGCGACUCAUCAAGAAGCUGUUAACAUUCUUCGGUGCUCAGGGAACACGAUUGCAUUGGUUGUGUGUAAAGGUUAUGACAAAAGUGAAGUUGAACCAAUAUUAACGUUAUCCGAGGACAAAGAUCCUAAGGAAGUUAAAGCAACUCAUGAGUUGAAGGAUCCAGCUGCGGAUGGUACUAAAUCUCUGUCACAAAGUGUAUCCAGUUUAGAUCGCGAUGACGAGGAAGCUGCGAUUCUUAGGCAAGAACAAGAAAUGAAAGCUGAACUUGUUGCUUGGGAGCAAGAGGAACGAGAGCGUGCGCUUGUGGAGCAGCGAGAAAAAUCCACGCCUGAAAAAGUGUUAGAUGUUGUACGAGCGGCAGAAUCAUUAGUAAACAAAUCAAAUAGUCCUGUCGACAUAAUAGUACCACCAAAAUCACCCGGAGGCACCAAAGAUCUCAAAACUACCACGAUUGUUAUGAGUAAACACACAUUGGCACCUCAGAAUCCUAAUUCAAGAUCGAAUGAGACAUCUGGAACUUCAAAGGACUUUUCUUCGUCAAAGUCACCUACGAUCUCAAAGUCUGCGAAUUUCGAACGUCCUACUUGUAUAAAAACCUUACCUUCUUCAGCGAAAAAAAAGUCUUUGCCAAAACGCAGUAUUACGUUUUCCGAUCUGCCACCGACUUUGAGAAAAAGCUCGGAUUCCAUCGCUUAUCCGUACAAAGUCAAGUCCACCAUAAUCGAACAACCAAUUCAGUCGUUGCAGGAAACAUUUGCUACUCUUCCACGAACUAUACCCUAUCAGAAACCUGUACACGCCCGUUUCCAACUUCCCCCAACGCCUCUAACUGCUUCCGAAUGCUGGGAGAGAAAUCUUGACACUUCGGCUUCCCUUAGCAAACGACAGAUAGCACGUUCUGUCGAUGGAAAUUUUCAGGUUGAGCAAUCUCCAACUUCGUCUCCAACACCACCAUUGACAAAAAUGUCAGUUAGCGAUAAAAAGAAGUUAUUUGAAAGUGCCAUGGAAGAACAUUUAAAACCAUCGCCCAAACCUGACAAAAUAUUCAGUUUUUUAAGUCAGGACGAGGUUGAAAAAAUGAGACAGGAGGAGGAGAAAAAAAUUGCUACUUUGACGCGAGAUGAACUUAAAUCGUGGGCGCAAUUUGAUGAAAACGAAGGUUUAGAAGAUUUGGACAUUACAGAUGAGCAAAGCAAUGGACGACCUAAUAGCCGACUGAGCUCGCGAACUUCAAUCCCUCUUAUCCAGAAUGUUCCCAGCAGCGUGAGGACAGCAAAAGCGGAACGUCGUUUGAAAGAAAGCUUAAUACAAGAGGGUCUUCGUUUUUCGGACGAAGAUGAGGAGCAUUUAAGUCUUGCGGAACAGCGAGUACUUAGAGCGGAAAAACGUGCCGCUUGGCGACAAGCACGUCUUAAAUCUCUCGAACAGGAUGCGCUUCAGGCACAAAUGGUGAUUAAAAAGAUGAAUGAAAUAACGGAUGUUUCAAAUAAAAAUGAAGAUACGCGUGACGCGACUGAUGUAACCGACCCUGCUUCCGAUCAAGAAAAGACGGCUGAAUUUGCUACGUUACGGCCGUCUAGCGCGGAUUUCCCUAAGCUCGCUCUGCGGAGUAAAGUGGGCCCCCCUAAAGAGAUACGCGAAUCUGAGAAAGUAGUGGACGAGAAGGUCACUCGGCGUACCGAGGAAUAUCUAGACGAGGUGACGGGCGAACGUCGUGUACGAACUGUCGAAUACGUCGAGAAGCUCAUUGAACGUCAGGUGGAAACUUUGAGAGAGAAGAUUAUAUCCUUAGAAUUGAGCAAUGCGGAAGAUGAUAUGGAAAGUAUAACUGCUGUUGGUGCGAGUGAUGCUGAAAGUGAAAGCGAAGAUACUGCGGAGCAAAAUGUAACUGUUAGUACCUUGGAAGAAAAAACAGAUCCUCAUACCACGACGCAUACUGACGCAACUGAAACUGAUUCUGCUAAAGCAGAUGCGAAUAUCGCAGUCGCAUCUACAAAAAAAAAGAAACGGAAACGAUCGAAAAAAGGGCGUCAUUGAUGAAAAGUGUGCAUUUUAAUGAGUGAAUGAGUAAAAUAUUCGUGUUAAAUGUACUUGGAUUAAAAACGACGAAAUUUUUACUAUUUUUAGAUUUGACUAAAUAAAAUCGAGCAUUUUAGUUUCUAAUACAUCGGUACGUACUAUCGUGACAUCAACAUACCUAUUUUAUUUACCAUUUUUCCACAUAAAAUAACAGGUAAUAUAAAUAAUGUAUAAUAAUAAAUAAUGUAGCUCUACAGACGCGUCUAGUGAAAAAAUAAUAACUUUAGGCAUAUUUAGUGAAAAAAAUUAUGUACACACACUUCGCGAUCGGUUCAGUGAAAGCAAGGCGUCUAUUAUCCGUACAACUGUAUAACUUUGUCUUUUAUUACAUUCUGUAUAUGUAGUAUGUGCAUAUACCAAUACAGUUUUACAUAUGUCGUAUAAAUAUAGCUUUGCGUUAUACAUAAUGCAGCGCAAUUCUGAUGUGUGUAUCAAAAAUUAAUUUAUAGGCAUUGUUUGACUUACGAAUGCAAUGUUUUUAAUUGCCAUUCUAAUUAAUAAGUUAUAUCCAUAUUGGUUGAAUACACAUUUGUUAGUUGAAUUUUCCAGCAGGAAGACACAGAUAAACAUUGUCACACAAUUGAAUUAUAUUCAGUGCAUUAAUACUUGAUGGAAUGCUUUUUAAUUUUUGUAAAAUUCAAAAGUAUGAACGUUCGUAACUCAAGCACCGCCUGCAUUUAAAUGUUUUAAUGUUAAACGCUGUACUGUUAUUCAUGCGUUAUUACUUGAUAUGCCUUAUGAGUAAUUUACAUAUUUCAUGUUCAAUGCAUUUAGAAUUUUGUUAACUCAAGAUUCACAGCUAUAAAAUAAAUCCAAUUUAAGGGGGAAAAACAAGUUUAAAAAUAAAAAAUACAUAUGCACUUA